UGUUUGCAUACAGUGCGUGUGAGCGGUGCAUGUGUGGGUGUGAUUACAGUAGCUGAAUAACAGCUCAGGGCACAGUUUCCUAAGUGGAGCUGCAGGAGCACAGCACUGCAGCAGACGUCCCAUACAAUACCAGUGGGACAGUCACAUUUGUCUUAUUCCACAUUCCUGUCACUAUUCUCUUGAGACACUGAAGGUCAGGGUUGACAGAUGACCAUGCAUGCCAGCUGCAGCUCGUCUUGUGUCAAACUUUAUUUGAGUACCAACCCUGAGGACAGUGUGUUAGAACGCAGAACCUUAAGAGAAGGAGUAUUUCCUAGCUUCAGAGAGCACUGCAGACACACACUGGGACUGGAUGUCAGGGUGAUUGACCCAUUUGAAUCACCUGAUCUCAGUAAAUGGCCAGAUGAGAAUAGUCGAAAGCAGAUGAUCAAAGAAUGCAGAGAGAGUUCUGCUGGGCCAUUUUUAUUGGCUCUGGUUGGACACGAGUAUGGGACAGUUGAGCUGCCCUGUCAGCUGGAGGUGUGUGAGUACCAGAUGCUGCUACAGGAGAGCCAGUGGGCCGGGGCGAGCACUGCAGAGCUGGAGAGAGUCUACACCCGUGAUGAGAACGCCCUCCCGACCUCCUACCUCCUCCAGGCCCAGGCUGCAAAUGAACUGGACACAUGUAAAAAGGAGUUUCAGACAGCUGUUUAUCUGUGCGUCCUCAAUGGGAAGAUGACUUCAGAGAAAGCCCAAGACUACUGCAGAUCAGCCCUUGAUGUAGAUCUGCGGUAUGCACUGGAAGACAAUACUCAGAAAGACAUCAGUGGACGCUGUCUCAUCUACAUCCACAAAGUCAGCAUCAGCGCCAAAGAGAAGCCUCACCAGCAACCAAAGUCCGAGGAUUCUGUCGUGCCCACCCUACUCACUCCCGAAGCACUGCUUUCAACUCUGUGUGACAACUUCCUCCUCAGUCUGGUCUUACCGUGUAACCUCCAAGUCUACACCACCACAACUGAAUGUCCCUUCUCCUACACCCCAGCCCGGAGGAGGUGCUACGCAGACUCCUUGUGCCACCAGAUGACCUGUGACCUUCUGAAGAUGACAGAACAGUUGAACAUGUCAUAUAAGCUUCAAUUCAGUGAUGCUUUUACCAGGGAGCAGUUAGAGCAGGAGGAAUUCUGCAACGUCAUCUCUCGGUUUUAUGAAAUCAAUCGUCCUGCUGAAGAAGAAAAUAUACAAAACUAUGUGCAAAAUGAACAAUGGCGCCCUCUUGUGAUCACAGGAGAUCCAUGCACAGGAAAGACAGUGCUGCUGGCUCACUGCUCGAAACAGAUAAAACCGUGGCUCCCAGAUAGUGAUCCAGUGGUCAUUAUGUAUUUUUGCAGUCCGUCUCUCAAUCCUAAACAUCUCUUGUCCAGCUUGUGUUAUCAAAUUGCAAAAAUAUACCACAGUUAUUUUUCUCUUCAACAAGAUUACAACUUUAAUCCUUAUACCGACUCAAGCUUCAUGGAUCUUCUGAACUAUAGAUUCUAUGCAGAGUCUGACAUAACCUUUUCUGAGCUUAAACAACAUCUCAUAUCACUAAUGACCUCGUUGCCUUCUCCCAAACACCCUUUAGUUAUCUUUAUCAACGGGUUAGAUCAAAUAGACUACAACUACGGAUGCCAAGUUACCGAAAGUCUUCCAUCUCCACUUCCUCCUAGUGUCAAACUCCUCCUUACAGCCUCCUCCAAACGACAACAUAUAGAACAAGCUGUUGAACUACACUACCCACAAUGCUCCAUGUCUGAAGUUGAUAAAGAGUUGUUCAUUUUGCAAUUAAGUCCAUCAAACAGGAAGGAGAGUGUGAAGAAGUUGGCUUCUCUGUUAUCUGCUUCUGGGAGGAGGAUAACGUCUGGACAACAAGCACUAGUGAACCAAGCACUGACUUCAUGCUGUUUGCCUCUUUAUGUUCGUCUUUUACACAAGAUAACUUCACUCUGGCAGUCAGACUCAGAGGUGAGUGAGUCGACCCUCCCUGAUGGAGUCCAUGCUGCUGUCUCCACACUGCUGGACCAUCUGGAGUUUAAACAUGGCUCCCUCCUGGUGGCUCACGCUGUCUGCUACCUCACCCUCUCUCGAACUGGACUCAUGGAGGCGGAGCUAACAGAUCUACUGUCCAGUGACGACAAAGUAUUAGCUCACUACACUAAACACUGUCACAUGCCUAAGAUGAGGGUCCCGCAGGUUGAUGUGGAAAAACUCCUCCUAGAUUUCCAGCCUUUUCUAAUGAGAAGGACAGUUGCAGGCUCAGUUGUUCUGUUUUGGAUGUCAAGGCAUUUGGGGUUAGUCAUAACACGGAGAUAUUUAGAUUCUCCAACCGCAAGACGAGAGUUUCAUUCAGACAUGGCGGACUAUUAUAGAGGCAGGUGGUCUUGUGGAUGCUCCAAACCAUUAUAUCAAGACGAUAGCAAAGGAAAAAUAUGCAUAGACAGGCAACCAUCCAGCCAGCCAUUUUUCUUCACGUCUUCCACAAAAGAAAUCGGACAUGUAAAUUUGAAAAAGAUUCUCGAGCUGCCGUAUCACUUGAAAGAAAGUAGCCAGUUUGAGGAACUACACAAACUUGUACUGACAUUAGAAUUUCAACAAGCAGUGGUUGGAUCUGGUUUGCUUAUAGAUCUGGUGGCCAUGUUGGAAAAAGGUGAAGGAUUUAGCAAAGAACACUCUCUUUUAGCGAAUAUUCUGAAGUCCUCUAGGUGCUUCUUGAAUAGCUUCCCCUUAGAGAUUCCUUCAGUGAUGGAAUUAGUGCUUUUGCCGUAUAAGUGCAUUUUUCCUAAUCUUGAAAGUUAUGUAAAUGAAAUAGAGAAAGAAAGAAAAAAGAAAGGCGUAAGCAUCAUACUUCACACUGCUCCGUCCACAAUUCACGCUUUUAAAUGUGUUCAGUCACAAGUCAAGGGCAAAACUCUCCGAGACGCAGUCGUACCUGAAUGUGGAACUGUAGUAUUAUCUAUGGCUGAUGGUUCAGUUUGGGUAUGUAAAAACAGUGGAAAUGAGCUCGUCAAACUCACAUUGACCGAUGAAAAUGGAGAAAUUACAUUUGGAGGACUUCACACCAGCGGUCACUUCAUUUUACUGUCUUCUCUUAGCAACAAGCAUUUCUUAUGGGAUGUAACAGGAACAGAUGUUUUGGUCGGGGUCAAAGAUUCAAGCGAAACCCUGCACGAAGUUGAAAAUAUCUGUACAAGUCAGGAAAAGGUAUGUAUCCAAUGGAAAGGCAAACAUUUUGUGAGUGUACAUGAAAUCGCAAGUGGCACAUUAAACCACUUCUACUGUCAGAAUCUCGUUACGUGCCUCGCUUGUUCUUCUACCAUGUUGUUUUGUGGCCACAACAAAGGCACAUUGUCAAUAUUUGAUAUCAAAACCGCAAAUCUUCUUCAAACCUGUUCAAACUCCAAGCUAGAAACAGUUGUAUUAAUCACUGUAUGUCACAAAAAUCAUCGAAUUGGAAGCAUCGAUAACACUGGUAGUACAACUCUAUGGGAUAUUUCAACCGAACAACCUAGUCUCGUGAAAGAAACAUUCAUGAAUACAAAAUCAAAUGAUAUUCUUCACACAGACUAUUCCAGUGAAAUUAAUGCGUUAUUGGUGUGCCAGUCAAAACAGAUAACACUCUGGGAUACGUGUGAAUGGGAAGUUAGUGACCAGUUCCUAGCUCCAAAACAAAAGGCUUUUAAACAGGCACUUUUAUCACAAGAUGGACACAUUCUGCUUGCUUUACUAGACACAUCUUUAUUCGUUCUUGUGUGGAACCUCAGUACCGGAGAUUGUAUUUCGUCUUUAGAAACAUCUCAGGUACCUCAAAUGCUUUUCAAAUCUGGAUCUGAAAUAGUUUGUGUCAACCACGAUGGCAGCAUUGCAUUAUGGGAUUCAGAAAUGAUUCACGUUGCUGGGAUUGCUCACAAAAUGGGCCUUGGAGUGAAAGCGGUUGUAGCUGAAGAAGACGGGGAUGGCCUUUUUACGAGCGAUGGGUCCGAUACAGUUUGGAAAUGGAGUGUGGAGCUGGGACAACCUUGCGCAUAUCUUCUACAUUGUAAUCCAGUUGACAAAAUGCGUCUUUCUCCCAAUAACGCAUAUCUGGUCACUCUCUCAUCUGAUGAUAUUUACAUUUGGCAAAUAGGAAGUUGCCAGAACAUCGCGCGAAUUAGUAGUAGCAGAGCGUCAGACAUUUUGAUCACCCCUAAUAGUAAAUUUGGGUUGAGUCUAAGUGAGCGUGGUUUAUCCCGCGUGUGGAAGCUUGUGAGUGGUGCUACCAUUUGCUCAAUACAUCUUUACCUAUCACAUGCCCAGAUAUCCGCUGAAAGCACCUUCCUGGUUGGUUGUCACCGUGGAGAAUUGCUUGCAGCUAAUUUAUGGUCAGGUUCCAUCCACAAGCAGUUUUCUUGUGAUGAAAUUUCAGAGAAGGUCGUUGCAUUUUUAACACUUCCAAAUCAUCCAAACUUUGUUGUAGUCCUUCUAACUUCAGGGUCGGUGUACACAUGGAAUGUAGCAGAAGAAACUGUUUGUAGGCACUUUAAAAUACCAUUCAGUUGCCAGCCAAAUGACUUCAAAAUGUCAAGCAAUGGAAGCUACGCGCUCCUAUCCACUCAUCAUGAAACACUCACUGUUCUAGAUUUGUCAAAAUUCAAGCUAAAUUCCUUUAAAACUUAUGGAGAUGUCAGUUUGACUUGUUUGGACUCAUCUGGAUGCUUUGUUAUCUGUUGUUCCAAACCAAAAAGUAGCUGUCAGUGCUUCCUCCAUACAAGACCAAUCCUCUCCUUAAUUCGACUGGAAGAUGGGAACACAGUGAGCAGUCUGCAUCUUCCUAAAAGUCCUUCAAGUUUGGCUGUGAUCAGAGACCUUUGUGUGGCUGUGGGGUUUGAGGAUGGUGCAGUUGGGGUUUAUUCUUUUAAUGGUGAGCAGUGUUUAAGCAGAGUACGGGAGUCAUAUGUGAGGAAAUGUCCCAUAGGCCAGGCUCCAAGAACAUGGUUGCCUCUAACAAUGCCUAAUAUUUUAUGGUCCUAAGAAAAGAUGUUU